UGUAUGACAUGUGUGAUGUAAUUUAAUGUAUAUGUACGUGUGUUAGUUUUGUUUAACGCGUAAGUUACCCCUUUUUGCAUUAUGUUUAGGCUGGAAUGGUGAAACAGCGGUUUGGAUGCGCUGGAAUCCAGGAUGGCAGUGAGAAAAGCAGACUUCCUGGUCCUCGGUGGUGGUGCCAGCGGCUUGUCAGCUGUUUUUUACCUUCAACGAUUGCUCGGGGAUCAACGUAAACAAAAUCAUGACUUGCACGUGCAUGGAUAUGACGAACGUAUUAAAAUCGCUUUGCUUGAAGCUGGUCCACGCGUUGGAGGCUGGAUUCACUCAUUGCACACUGCAGAGGGCAGUAUUCACGAGACCGGUCCACGAAGCAUGAGGCCUGCCGGUGUAGUGGGGAGAAACUCACUCAACCUGGCAUCGGCUCUUGGUCUCUCUGAGGAAGUCAUUCCAGUUCUGCGCUCGCAUCCCGCCGCCCAGAGGCGCUUCAUUUACACCCGGGGCAAGCUCCACCAGUUCCCCUCCAGCCUGGCCACCCUUCUGCGGAGGCAGGAACCGUUCUCCAGGCCGCUGGCUUGGGACCUGGCCCGGGAGGUGCUGGUCAGGAGGUCGGAGGUCGAGGAUGAGAGCUUGUAUGACUUUGGCCGGCGCCGGUUUGGGAAAGAGAUUACAGAGAACUUGUUGGACCCUUUCUGUCGAGGUAUAUUUGCCGGGAAGACCACGGAGCUCAGCGUGCGCUCCUGUUUCCCGCCGCUGUUUAAUUUCGAGAAGAGGCGGGGCUCCGUCAUCCUGGGCGGUCUGCUGGGGCCAGCCGCCACUGACCCAACUGUAGGGGAGAGCGGUCUUGUCCAGCGGGCCAAGAGAGAAGGAUGGUCCAUCUGGUCACUGAAAGGUGGCUUGCAGCAUCUGGCGGAGAAACUCGACGAAGUUGUCCGCAAAAAUGGAGCCGAAGUGCAGAUCCAAAGGCCGUGCACCAAGAUUGAGUUUGUCCAGAAGCCAGAAAGUGGGACCAAGAAGAUUGCCCGAGUGCACACGACCGAGUCAGUGUGGGAAACCGACCGACUGAUCUGCUCAAUACCAGCUGCAAAUCUGGCGGAUCUACUUCCUGGUGACCUAUCGCCCUUAUCCAUGCACCUGCGGCAGAUAGAGAGCGUCACAGCCGCCGUGGUCAAUCUAGAGUUUGAAGGCUCUCACCUCCCCACAGAAGGUUUUGGUUAUUUGGUACCUUCGCACGAACCGUCCAACGUGCUUGGAGUGAUAUUCGACUCGUGCGCCUUCCCGCAGCAUGACAGGCCUGGAGUGAAGACAACGCGAAUGACAUGCAUGCUGGGUGGGGCCUGGUUCCACGACCUCUUUGGCGACCCAGACAAGGUGGACCAUGAUUGGCUGGCCUCCAUCGCCCUGGAGGCGCUGAAGGGUCAAAUUGGGCUGAGCGCCAAGCCGACGUUUUGCCGGGUGAAUCUGUCCAAAGAUUGCAUCCCGAACUACAGAGUGAACCACCAUAAACUCUUAGAAAAGAUCGAUGCGCACAUAGCUGCGAACGACCUUCCUCUGACCCUCAUUGGGUCCUCGUACAAGGGUGUGAGCGUCAACGACUGCAUUUACAACUCCAGGCUGGCUGCCCAGAGUCUGGUGCCUGAUGGUCAACUCACGAUGUGACCACUGCGAACAGAUUCGGGCUGGUCCUUGUCACUGUUACCGACAGGUACACCACUCGGGAAACUAUAGUUGCCAGAAAAGAAUCUGCACUUUCAGUUUAUGAAUCCAUUAACCUAUGAAGAAUAGUGGGGAUAACACAUUACAUUUUACGACGGUUGCUGCAGUCGAGAAACAUAUAAUGGAUGGAAUUCAAUAAACUUCCAUAGCAAUGCAUUGUGAAUUUCAGUGGGUCAUUCUAAAACACAGAGUGUCCUUUCCAUAGCCAUUUUGUGCCAUUAAAAUGAAAUAAACAAGUCCAAUCAGGACGAAUAUUUAAAAUAUUUUUAUAGAAGUACCGUGAAUUUAAUUCUUUGUAAGUUGUUACGUAAACACAAUUUGUAUAAAUGUAUGGGGACUCCAACACUGUUGUGAAAUGCAAUGCAUACAUGUGAUGUGAAGUUGGUGCAUUUAACAAGACAAUAAAUGCGGCUUGGCCGGUCCUCAGUCUUGAGACUGGCCAAGUGUAACGGUUUAAACCGGCCAAGCUCAUAUUUGUUCCCAUUCAUAAA